AUGCGCUACUCUCUGUUGGCCAGCCUCGUCAUUGGCGCGUCCAUGACGCUCGCCCACCCUCACGCCCGCGACCACCGUGAUGCCUACAAGGCCAGCUUGAACAAGCGCUCGCUGGAUCUCAACCAGUACCGUACUGGAUCCAACGCCAUCUACAAGCCCGCCAGCGUGAACAAGAACGAUGCUUCGCUCAAGGUUCUGAAGCGUGCUGACUUUGUCGAGACCGCCACUGAGCUGGUCAAGAGCGUUCUGCCCGACGCCGAGUUCCGUGUCUCCGACAGCUACAUUGGCACCAACGGCAUCGGCCACGUCUACUUCAAGCAGACUGUCCACGGUCUUGACGUUGACAACGCCGCUUUCAACGUCAACAUUGGCAAGGAUGGCCACAUUUUCUCCUACGGUAACAACUUCUACACCGGAGAGGUCCCGGCCGACAGCCCCCUGAGCAAGCGUGGCUUCACCGACCCCGUCUCCGCCUUGAACGGAGCUACCAGCAUCCUGGCCCUGCCCGUGACUGGCGAGGCUGCCGCCGAGACCGUCGAGGGUACCGAGGCCUACAAGCUCACCGGCACCUCUGGUGCUCAGGAGGACCCCGAGGCCCGUCUGAUGUACUACGUCAAGAAUGACGGCUCCCUGGCCCUCACCUGGAGAGUCGAGACCGAUAUCCUCGACAACUGGCUGCUGACCUACAUUGACGCCGAGACCAACGACGUCGUCCACGGUGUUGUCGACUACGUCGCCGAGGCCAGCUACCUCGUCUUCCCCUGGGCCUGCAACGACCCCGAUGAGUGCGACCGCGAGACCCUGACCGACCCCUGGAACACGACCGAGUCUCCUCUCACCUGGCUCAAUGAUGGUACCAGCACUUACCACACCACCCGUGGUAACAACGCCAUUGCCCAGACCAACCCCUCGGGCGGCAACACUUACCUGAACAACUACCGCCCUACCAAUGCUCAGGACAAGUUCGAGUACUCCUGGACCGCCACUGCUACUCCUCCCACGUCCUACCGUGACGCCUCGGUCACUCAGCUGUUCUUCACCGGCAACGAGUACCACGACCUGCUCUACACCCUCGGCUUCGACGAGGCGGCCGGUAACUUCCAGAUCGACAACCAGGGCAAGGGUGGCUCCGGCAGCGAUUUCACCAUCCUCAACGCCCAGGACGGCUCUGGCACCAACAAUGCCAACUUUGCCACUCCUCCCGAUGGCAAGCCCGGCCGCAUGCGCAUGUACAUCUGGACCGAGUCCACCCCCUACCGUGACUGCGCCUUCGAGGCCGGUGUCAUUAUCCACGAGUACUCGCACGGUCUCUCGACCCGUCUGACUGGUGGACCCGCCAACUCCAACUGCUUGAACGCUCUCGAGUCUGGUGGUAUGGGUGAGGGUUGGGGUGACUUUAUGGCCACCGCCAUCCGCCUCAAGCCCUCCGACACUCGCAACACCAACUACCCAAUGGGAGCGUGGGUCUACAACGACCCCCAGGGUAUCCGCUCGGUCCUGUUCUCGACCAGCUUGACCACCAACCCCAACACCUACACGACCCUCAACUCCAAGAACGAGGUCCACGACAUUGGCGAGACCUGGACCACCAUGCUGUACGAGGUCAUGUGGAACCUGAUUGACAAGUACGGCAAGAACGACAACGCCCGCCCCGACUUUGACGCCAACGGUGUUCCCACCGACGGAAAGUUCUUGACCAUGAAGCUCGUCAUUGACGGCAUGGCUCUCCAACCCUGCAGCCCCAACUUUGUCGACGCCCGCGACGCCAUUCUCGAUGCCGAUGAGGCUCUGACUGGUGGUGAGAACGCCUGUGAGAUCUGGACCGGUUUCGCCAAGCGUGGUCUUGGACAGGGUGCCAAGUACGGUGCUCUCAAGAACCGUGUCGCCAGCACCGUCAUCCCCUCGGGUGUCUGCUAA